GCUGAAGGAAUUUUUAAAAAAUGCGCGAGGAGGGCAGUCAAGGAACGAAGCGCGAGGUCGCGAAGAGCGUCGGCACGGAUCCGCAGGCGGUGGAACGCCAGGUGGCUUCAAUUGCCGCAGCGUUUGCGUCCGCCAGGAGCGCCCGUGUUCCGGAGCAGUGGUCAACAUGCCGUCGCAAGGCCGUCGCGGACCGGGAGACGAAAGCUCGCGCGGCGGUGUCGCUGGCGGAGCGCGGAAGCGGCGGGGAGCGGAGGUGCGGGCUGUUUCCCGUGGAUCCGAGCGUGCGCGUCCAGGCGGUGGAGUACACGGACCACGGCCCCACGACCGUGGCGCGAGCCGUGGCAGCGCCGUCGUCCACUCCCAACAACCCUCUGCCGCAGCAUGUGUCUGUGGUGGCGAGCCCCCAGCUGGAUGCUGACCUGUCUCUGGGAAUGGGGGUGGCGAUGGAGGCCGGGCGGCACGUGACACUGCUUGCGGACUGCGCGGCGGUGGGGCGGCUGAACGAGGCCGCGGAGGCCGCCCAGCUCGCCGACGGGGUGUCGUGGGGCCCGCAGCUGCGCGCCAUGUGCGACGGGCUUCACGAUGUGACGGGCAGGGACGUGGUGGUGUACGCGACCCAGGAUGUGACGGCGGCUGGCGAGCCGGCGAGCGGCUUUGGGGGGCCCGCAGCUGGCAGCAAGGCGUUCCGUCCCUCCUGGGCCGGCCUGCACGGCAAGGCGACCGCGUGUUUGGCGUCGGUGUUUCAGGUGCCGCUGGGCGAGGAGACCGCCCGGAUCUGCUCAGCGUACGACCACCUGGUGUCCAAGAAGCAGUACUCGACAGUGAGCCGCUUUGGCGGCGACCACAAGGUCCACAUGAUGGGGAAUGCCCUGAUCCAGAACGACGGCAAGGCGACAUCGAAGGGGUACGCCGUGGCCCACCGGGCGCGGGUGGAGAGCAAGGUGUUCGGUGCCGCCAACGAUGUAUGCCUGCAGGAGCUGGCGGAGACCGUGUGGCAGGUGGUGCGGCGGCGGCUGCCGUUCAUGGAGGCGUACCGGGAGGCCAUCGUGACCCCGGAGGGCGCGCCCUUCAUGCUGGGCGCGACCGUGACCAACAUCAUAUCGCUGACCGAGAACCAGGGCGUGCGCCUGCACCUGGACACAGAGGAUGGCGUCUGGACCAUCAUCCUGUGGUUCCACCGGCACGGUGGCGUCGUGUCCGGCGGCGAGUUCGUGCUGCCGUCUCUGGGCCUGUGCUUCCAGCCGCUGGACUUCACGGUGGUGGUGUUCGCGGCCAACACCAUCGUGCACGGCACACGGCCUCUGUCCACCUCCGGGGACGUGAUCCGGUGGGGGUCGAGCCACUUCCUUCGCUACCAGGACGCGGACGCUCUCGCACAGCUGGCGGCCGCCCACGGGGUGGACGGGCUGGGCAGCCUGCAGGAGCAGCAGCUGCAGGCGGUGUGGGCAGCGAAGCGGGAGCAGCGGGCGGCUGCGGCUCGGCGGCUUGAGGCGGGCAUGGCGGAGCGGCGGGUUCGGGCGAUACGGGAGCACGCCGCUGCGGGAGUCCGGGCGCUGGUGACGGACCCGGCCACCGGACGCCUGCCGCCGCUGCUGUUCUGGCAGGCGUCUUGAGGUGCGCUCGGAGGAGGGGCAGUCCGACGGCUGCAGGGGCGGACAGGGGGUGUCAAUGUCGGUUUUGGGGGCCGCCGCAUGGGUCGGCUGGCCACGACUCCGCUAUUUGGCAGAAUAUGUAAAUGUACAAGUUC